UUUAUCAUCUCAGAAAUGCAGAGACUUCCAAAAAACUACCAGGGAAAAAAGGAGGGACUUAGGACCCUGGGAAGAAGCCUGUAGCAUCACUUUCUCCCUCUCCUGUGUGAGUGUGUGUGUGUGUGAGUGUGUGUGUGUGUGCGUGCGCGCGCUGCUCGCCCCUGUAUGUGUGUGUUUGUGUGUGCAUGUGUGUGUAUGUUACCCUGUUCCUUUUCUGCCAAGGAGUAGGUUAAGAAAUGCCCAACUUUUGUUCUUGUCUCUAGAUAAAUGUCAAAGGGCUGGCCAGGGCUCCGGAGGGAGGAGGGAGGACUAGAGAGUGUGGGGAGGAGCACGGGCAAAAACAAGCAUUGAGGGUUGAGGGGCAGUCGGAAGGGAGGAGGGACACGCGCCUGGACCGGGCACUGCCUCAGCAACCGGUGGGGCUGCUGGUGGGUGCAGCUCUGUCUGCCCGCACCUGUGUGCGCCGGGGCUGCAGAGAGCCAACUGCUGCUACCAGUGCCGGAGGGAAACAGAGGGAGGACUAGACACCCGGGCCUCUGGGCUGGGGGCUUGCCUGCCACUGAGACGGGGUCUGCCUCUGGUCUCUAAGAUGUCUGGCAAACUUCUCCUGAUAUACCUGGCCAUCUACCCGGCCCUCCAAAUCAGCACUGACAGCGCAGAGGAGUACGACUAUGAUUACCUGGGCGUCAAUAAGACCUGGGUCCUGACUCCCAGGGCACAGGAGACUGAUGCCACCCAGAUCUUGAAUACUCUUCUGAAGGACUAUGACAGCAAGCUGAGGCCUGACAUUGGAAUUAAGCCUACGAACAUCGAUGUUGAUAUCUAUGUGAAUAGUAUUGGGCCCGUUUCUGUCAUCCAGAUGGAAUACACCAUUGACAUCUUCUUUGCCCAGAGCUGGUAUGACCGCCGCCUUCGCUUCAAUAGCACCCUGAAAGCCCUAACUCUAAACAGCAACAUGGUAAGCCGCAUCUGGAUCCCCGACACCUUUUUCCGGAACUCCAAGAGGGCCGACUCACACUGGAUCACCACUCCCAAUCAGCUGCUGCGCAUCUGGAAUGACGGGAAAGUUCUCUACACCCUUAGGCUGACCAUAGAGGCGGAAUGUCUCCUCCAGCUCCAGAACUUUCCAAUGGACACCCACUCCUGCCCUCUCAUCUUCUCCAGUUAUGGUUAUCCAGCUGAAGAGAUCGUUUACCGUUGGAGGCGCUACUCCAUUGAAGUAUCUGACCAGCGCUCUUGGAGGCUCUACCAGUUUGACUUUACGGGACUGCGAAACACAUCUGAAGUCCUUCGGACUGGCGCUGGAGAUUACAUGGUCAUGACUGUCUCUUUUGACCUAAGCCGGCGGAUGGGCUACUUUGCUAUUCAGACCUAUAUCCCUUGCAUAUUGACGGUGGUGCUCUCCUGGGUUUCCUUUUGGAUCAAGAGAGAUUCCACCCCAGCUAGGACAUCCUUGGGGAUCACCACCGUGCUCACCAUGACCACCCUGAGCACCAUUUCCCGGAAGCACCUCCCCCGUGUCUCCUAUGUCACUGCCAUGGACCUCUUUGUCUCUGUGUGCUUCAUCUUUGUCUUUGCUGCCCUGAUUGAGUAUGCCACACUCAACUACUUGGUGGGGAACAGGAGGCUGCUGGCGGGCAGCAGCAACCGAAGAUCCAGGCAGCGUCCUGCCAGCACCGUAGCCAGUGCCAGAGCCGUUGCCAGUGCCAGGGCCAGCCCCAGGGCCAGCCCCAUUGCCAGUGCCAGUCUUGGUGCCACCAUUGGUACCAAUCUUGGUGCCAGCCCUGGCACCAGUCUUUGUGCCACCGCUAGUCUUGGUACUGGUGCCAAUCUUGGUGCCACUGCCAGUCUUGGUGCCACUGCCAGUCUUGGUGCCACUGCCAGUUUUGUUGCUGGACCUGGUGCGACUUUUGGUGCUGGUGCGACUUUUGGUGCCAGUCCUAGCGCCACUUUUGGUACCGGCCCUGGUGCGACUUUCGGUGCCAGCCCUUCUGCAGCUUUUGGUGCCAGUCCUGCUGCUGCUUUUGGUGCCAGUCCUGCUGCUGCUUUUGGUACCAGUCCUGCUGCUGCUUUUGGUGCCGGUCCUGGGGCCACUUUUGGUGCCAAUCCUGGUGUUGCUUUUGGUACCAGUCCUGGUGUUGCUUUUGGUACCAGUCCUGGGGCCACUUUUGGUGCCAGUCCUGGGGCCACUUUUGGUGCCAGUCCUGGUGUUGCUUUUGGUACCAGUCCUGGGGCCACUUUUGGUGCCAGUCCUAGUGUUGCUUUUGGUGCCAGUCCUAGUGUUGCUUUUGGUGCCAGUCCUGGGGCCACUUUUGGCGCUAGUGCCAGUCCUGGGGCCACUUUUGGUCCUGGUACUGGUGCUAGUGUCAGUAGCAUGCCUGCCUUUACUGCCAUCACCAUCACCAGCAGCAUGCCCUGGGGCCCUGAUAGAGUGGAGGAAGAAGAGGACGAUGAUGAUGAGGAAGAGGAAGAGCAGGAGGAGACCACUUGCUGCCCAGGGAAGGAGUGCCAGCAGUUCUUCUGCUGCAUUGAGGAUUGCCAGAGGGGUACCUGGAGGGAAGGCCGUGUCCGCAUCCAUAUCUCCCGCCUGGAUACCUACUCUCGCGUCUUCUUCCCAACUGCGUUCCUGCUCUUCAACAUUGUGUAUUGGAUCGCCUAUCUGUAUCUCUAAAGGCCCUGUUUCCAUGGGGAGGGGCCGCCGAUGAUGAUCUGGAGGGGCCCCCCAAAAUCAUGGCUAAGGGGAAAAAGAAGCAGCUGGAAAUGUUGUCUUGUAUCUUUUUCGCUGUUCCCCAGCUAACCCUUCCGGGAUCUUGCUUUUGCUUGAUCUUGACUGCAUCCUUGUCCCCUGGGGUGACCCAGACACCUGCUGAGAAGGCUCCCUGUCUCCCCCUUUACAGCUGAGAGAGCCCCAUGUGCCCUCGUUCCUCUACCUUGUUAUAUCUUGAUCUUGGUUGAUAGAACCUUGAACAAGUCCCAGACUUCUCAUCAGAUUUGGAAUGACAACCUAGAUUUGAAUUCUAGCUCUCCACUUACUACCUGUGUGACUUUGGGCAAGUCAUUUCACCUCUCUGCCUGUUUCCUUUUCUGGAAAAUUGGGGAAUGGGAUUAGAUAACUUUUGAUCUUUGGAUCUGUCAAAUGAGGGUAUUGGUCUAGGUGACUGGAUAGCGAGAUAGAAGAACCUCAGAGGCCACUUAGCUCAACCCACUGAUCCUAUGGAAGAGAAAACAAAGGCCCCCAGAGGAGAACAUCCGGGUCAAAGUUACACAAAUAGUAAAUGGCCAGUGUUCAGAGCUUGCUCCUCCAAAUGCAAAUCCACAAUGUUCCUGAGUGAGCCCCAGAGUCCCUUCCAGCUCAGACAGUCUAGCAUCCUGAGGUCUUGAGUGACCCAAAGCAGAGGGGAGGAGCCCGGGAGAAGCUUCCCUCAUAGCUGUUUUACUUCUAAGACUGAAAGGCAAGAAGGUACAGGGUCUUUGGUAUGUUACUGAGGCAAGCCCUGCCUGGGUCCCACUGAGAGUUAAGCUGAAGGGUUAGAUCCACCUUCAUCUAUGGCUUUCCCAAAUAAGCAUUUAUGCCCUAAAGCAAACCAGACACUGUCGUCUUGAGGAUUUGAGGUUCUUAGAGCCCAGCUACCCACAGUUCUCCCCAGAAUUAGGCAUUAGGGCCCCCCUAUCCUGCCAAAUGUGGGCUGCUAGUCUACAGCAGCUGGCUCAGCCAUUCAGGUGCAGAAUACCCCCAAAGGACCCUCAUUCCCAGCUUAGUCUCAAAGGGCCUGGUAGCCCCAAUGCUACACCCUGUUAGGUAGCUGGUUUUCCUGGUCACACAUGGAGGGCCAUCUGGCCAAGUUGAGGGGAGGACACCCGCUACAUGGCUAAAGGUAAGAUUAGAUGCCUCACACAUCAUCUUGCCCAAUUCCAAAAUUUUCCAGAUGAGGAAACUAAAGCUCAGAGAGGUUGUGGGAUUUGUCCAAGGCCACGCAGCUGGUCAGUGGCAGAUCCAAGUUGGUUUGGAUACUGUUGAUGCUAUGGCUAUCCCUACUACCAAUUCUACCCUCCCCUGUCCUGUCUACCCUUCAAAGUCCCAUAGGCUGGAGGGCCUCCAUGAAUGUGAGCCUUCCCAUAAUCCCUUGCAGAGGAACAGGGUCAAUGUCUGGCCUUCACUGGAAAGCUCUCGUCCCCUGUAUCCUCUCUGCCCUCUCCCCCCACUAGCCUGGCUCAGCAGCUAGUAAAGUUUGGUCAGUGUAAGCUUUUGCUGACGUUUCCUCAAUUUUUCCUUCUAGUUCAACUUCCCCCUCAGCACCCUACCACCACAAGGAUGGGGGUAUGGAAGCUUUCUCAGACUCUAGAUAUGGUUUUAAGUCACUUGGGUCAUUUCUGUUUUAUCCCCUAAACACAGCCCACUUUGUAGUGCCAACCCCUGGCCCAUAGCCAAGCACAGCAGAUAACCAGGCCUCAAGCACCACCUACCAUUUGGCUUUCUCUCCAGGGGCAGAAUGACAUGAACACCUCAGCUCCUUUCCAUCCAUGGAACUCAUCCUGCUUUCCCAGGUAUCUCUACCUAUAUGAUCUCCUUUGAGUCUCUGCCCCUGAGAGAGGCAGGCAGGGACCAUCCUCCCAUUUUCUAGACAAGAAGACUGAGGCCAGAUGAGAGGAAGCCACAUAGUUGAGCCAAUGGCAUCAUGGGGCAAUGCCUGUUGUCACCCUUCUGAGACAGGCAACAAGGCCAGGCAUCUGGAGUGUUCAUGAGCUUAGCCAGCAGCCACUCCAGCUGCCCCAAAUCACCAAUUUGCCUAACCGUGGCACAAUGAGAUUCCCAUUUCAGCAUUGGCCAGGGCACAGCCCAAGCCCAGCCCUCACAUAGUGCCUCUGCCAAGGCAGGGACACUGACCUACAAACCAAGGAUUCAAAUUGAGGCUUUGUAUUCAGCAGAGUCACCCAAACAGCCUCCUCUGGUUCUGGGUCCCCCAGCAGUGACCUUGGAUGAUCCCUAAUGCUUAUGAGCUGUGAAAGAAAUGUA